UGAUUUUUCGUUCCCAUUUGUUUAUUUAUUUAAUUAUUGGUCUCACUUCUAGUAUAAAAGCACUUUCAGAAUUCUGAGAUAUUCACAAUUCGAUUUAUUUUGCUUAGUGUUGUAUAACCCAGCAAUCGCUCUCUAAUAACCAUGAUCAAGGCUAUCCUUUUCGCAGCUCUUAUUGCUGUGUCCCUUGCCCAGCACUAUGGAGCUCCAUCUUACGGCCAUGAAGAGAAGUAUCCUCCCCAGCCAUAUGACUUCGGUUAUGAAACCAAUGAUGACUAUGGCACCACCACCUUCAGAAAGGAAACUGGGGAUGGACAUGGACGAGUUCAAGGCAGUUAUGGAUACAAGGAUCUUCACGGAAUUGAACGAGUUGUAGAAUACGUCGCUGAUGAGCACGGUUACAGAGCUCAGGUCAAGACCAACGAACCAGGAACUGAAUCCCAAAACCCCGCUGACGUCAUCCUCGAUGCUAAACCCAUCCACGUUGAUGCCCCAUCUCAUGGAUACAGCGCUCCAGCUCCCCAAUACGCUCCACGACCACACUAUGGUGCCCCUGCACCCAGAUACGCCCCAUCUUACCCAAGAUACUAGAUAGUUUAUUCUUAAUUCUGUCCAAAGCGCACUUCUUUUAAUGUAACAUUUAGGAAUGGCUAAUUGUUGAACAUAUCUUUUUCUUCCAUUGCCAAACUUUAUUUUUCUCAGGACAUCUGGGAAGUUUUUUCUGGUCUUGCUCAAUAAUAUUGUACCUGCUUAAUUUUCUUUUUUUUCCCCACAAGUCCUAUAUUGCUAAUAGGAUUGUACAGAGCUUCUUCAUGAUUUUCUUUCUUUUUCUCCUUCCAAAUACAUAUUUAUUUUCUUUUGGAUCAGCGACUUUUUUGCUCAAUUCUAGUUCUUCUGUCUUUUGAAUGUUGUUUAUUUAUUGAGAAUGAAUGUUGUUGCUUUUUGUUAAGUUUUCGUUUAAAUAAAUUGUUUUUAAUAAA